AUGUCGCAGAGUUCAGAGAGAACCAUCACCACCACCUCCGUUUCCUCCCCUAAUCCCCCGAAUUCCUUACCGAGUGCACACCAUUUUGUGUCACUCAAAUUAACCCACACAAAUUACCUAUACUGGCGUACCCAAAUCAUCCCGUUCCUCCGUGGGCAGCGUUUGCUCGGGUUCAUCGACGGCUCCCGUCCGUGCCCGUCACCGGUGAUCGACACUUCCACCGGCGAAGCUGCGAUAGACACUGCGUCUGUGACUCCUAAUCCGGCCUAUGAGGCGUGGCUGGAGCAAGAUACCUCAAUUCUCUCCCUUCUCAUCUCUUCCAUCUCCGAGGAGGUAAUGUACCUAACGCUCGGGCAGACCAGGUCGCGUGGCGUAUGGCUGGCGGCGGAGACGGCGCUCGGAUCCUCAUCGCAGGUGCGCUGUCUGAACCUCAUGGGGCAAUUUCAGGCGUUGAGGCAGGGAGACAUGUCCAUGCCGGAAUAUUUGGGCCGUGCGCAACACCUCGUGGAGGAUCUAGCGCUCGCCGGCCGUCCCAUGACCCUCUCGGAACAGAAUCUAUAUGUGUUCCGGGGGUUACGCCCGGAAUUCUGA